AACUCAGAUGAAGAUGUGCGGUCGCGGGAAUCGGUUGUGUCUGGCUUCGCUGCUGCUGGUAUUUGCACUGGUGCCAGUUGCUUCUCCACAAGAGAAGAAUGACACGAAAACACUGGUGUCGCAACCAGAGGACAAGGCGUACCAGCGCUGCCUGACGGCGUCCGGACAGGAGGGCCACUGCCGCUCGCUGCAGUACUGCCUGCCGUCCGACUUCCGCAGGACCUUCACCAGGCUGCUCGACUCCAUGUGCAUCAUCAACAGGGCUUUUGUAGGCAUCUGCUGCCCGGACAAACCCACCGCUGAGGACGGCCCCGUGCUGCCAGGGGACGGGUCUCCGCCGUCACUGGAAGAAAUCGUCUCGAGGCUCAACAACCCAACUUGCGGCAAGACGGAGCAGGGCGAGUGGCGGUGGAUGGUGGCGCUGAUCCGCUACGGCGAGGAGCACUUCUGCGGCGGCGCGCUCAUCUCGGAGACGCACGUGCUCACCGCCGCGCACUGCAUCGAGCCGCAUAAACUGACCGACAUCACAGUACGCUUGGGAGAGUACGACCUGGACCGGCGCGACGAGACCCGUGCCGUCGACCUCCGCGUCGUGGAGGCCACGAUGCACCCGCGCUACGACCGCUCCACCUACGAGAACGACGUCGCGGUUCUGCGCCUGCGCCGCAGAGCUGCCUUCAACUCCUACGUCAUGCCCGUCUGUCUACCGGCCAUCGACGAGGGCUUCGUCAAUAGGACAGCCUACGUCACUGGCUGGGGUUCCAUCCAGUUCGGCGGCCCCGGCAGCCCGGUGCUGCGGCAGGUGGGAAUCCCCGUGUGGCCGCAUCAGCGCUGCGAGCCGCUCUUCUCGCAGCCCAUCCUGGACACACACCUGUGCGCAGGCGCAUACGAGGGCGGCAAGGACUCGUGUCAGGGUGACUCUGGCGGCCCCCUGGUGAUCCAAGAGGAGGAUGGUCGCUGGGUGGCGGUGGGCGUCGUCUCCUGGGGCAUCGGCUGUGGCAACAAGGACAGCCCCGGCAUCUACACGCGCGUCUCCAAGUUCCUGCCCUGGAUAGCCAAGACCAUGGCAUAGGCCAGCUAGGCUACAGGGUGCCAGUUGGUUGCCAACAUUCUAAUACCUUGAAAUGUGCUGCUGGUCAAUUGUAGAUGUACAGAUUUUUAACUUUCCGUCAUUAAGCUAUGUCAUUUACGGUUUUAUUACAAGUUCUUCAUAACGUAUAGAUUGGUGAGAGUAGGGUGUCUGCGGUUUGGAGGGGGAGGGAAUUUUAUAUUUACAGAAACGCGAGGGUAUCAGUACAAAUCAUCACUUGCAUUUUAUGACAAUAAAGUUUUAAUCUGUAAAAUGAGGUAGUGUCGUGGAGACAGUUCUUUAGAAUUUGAAGAUGGCAUCUGUUCUUUCGGACAUGUCAUUGGUAACCGUGCAGCUCUCUAGAAUGAAAUUACAAUUAAAUCAAUACCAUUAGCUGCUGACGGGCGUUGAUAUACAUCCACGAGGGCAGCAGAAAGUGUGUGCCCCGACCGGAACUCGAACCCAGGAUCUCCUGCUUACAUGGCAGACGCUCUAUCCAUCAGGGCUACCGAGGGCACAUACGAUAUUGCGACUACAGGGAGUUAUCGCCGGCACACUCCCCGUGAGACCCACAUUCUCAACUUAUAGUCCACACAUUAGAUUCGUAGUCCCCUUCCAUCGUUUAAAGCUAACCGGUUGAUGACCUUCUUCAGUGCAGAUGCACACGAUUUGUCUGAACUCUUACGGGACUCGGUGGAUUGUCUGCCGCGAGUAGUGGGUAUAAUGGCAGGGGCACUACGAAGGUAGUGUGUGGACUAUAAGUUGAGAACGUGGGUCUCACGUGGAGCGUGCCGGUGAUAAAUCCUUGCAGUCGCACUAUCCUCUGUGCCCUCGGUGGCUCAGAUGGAUAGAGCAUCUGCCAUGUAAGCGGGAGAUACCGGGUUCGAGUCGCAGUCAGGGCACACAUUUUCAACUGUCCCCGUUGAUGUAUAUCAACGCCCGUCAGCAGCUAAUGGUAUCGAUUUAAUUGUAAUUUCAGUUCGUUAGAAGACCGAAUGUGACUUUGCCGCGUUCGAGAUUGUUCGUGAGGUACCUGGUACCUGUUGCUGACUACAGGUGUUUUGGCGACCUGUGCGUGCAAUAUAUUUGGUGAGUUCCUCCCUCCCUCUGGGCGCUUAUUCGUAUAAUUUCUAUUCCAACAAAGUAAAACUUGAUGGGUGAAUAAUAAAACAGUAAUAAUGAGUCAGAAAUCCUAUACCAAUAAAAUGCGAGAUUCUAUUUUGAAAUAGCAUAGCAGAACUAUUGCAAAUCAACAAAGUAUCUGAAUUACGAGAAUUCGAAAAAGAACAAUUAUAUUAACUAUGUCUCAGUUACUGUGUUCCAGUACAGUAAUUAAAUAAAGCCCCUAAUUCUGUUCUUGUAUCAUAUAACAUGCAGAACAAUUUUGAGUAUGGGGAAAAAGUUAGUCAGCGCCCUCAAGUGAAUUUCUUCCCUUAAAUUUGGAUACAAGACGCAGACAAAGUAAAACCUAAUCCUCCUGCGCUGAAAAAAUAGUAGCAAUAAUCAUAUAAUUACUAAUUAGACUAACGAGCUCCAAUGAACGCCUGUAGUAAAGGAAAGGAUUGAGAGUUUUAAACUACAGUGGUAAACAAUAAAAAAUUCUUGUAACAUGUAACAUUUUUAAUCUCUAUAUGGAAAAACUAGCAAAUGAGAUCGCACUUGGCUAAUUCUUGCGUGGUCAAAAUAGCAAUUCUUCAAUACUGUGCUGAUCAGGAGGAAAAAUCGCUAACAAUGCGAGCAAACGUAUACCCAUUUAGUGGAAUUUGCAAAGUAUUUGCCCAGAUUUUUGUCUUCGCUAAUUUCUCACACUCUAGCGGCCACCUGGUUUGUCACUUCGGUAGAACCGAUGCUACUUUCACGUUAGCUGUGUGAUAGACUUGCACAGCUUACCAGUACUUAUUAUUUUCCGUAUCUGGAUUUAUAAAUGUGAUGGAACAACGGAAAAAUGAAUGAUAUCUUUUUCAGCAUUUUAUUAUUGUUGGAAUAAACCAACUAAUCAUGCCACAACAAUGGUGAAACAUAACUGUAAGUAUCUGUCAAGACAUAUUGCAAACUGGUCAUACCUUAGGGGAACUCGCAGUUGAGAGCCCCUAGCGGGCUACGCAACCGUGCGACACGAGCUGGAUGUUACAAUAGCACCUUACAGACUGGAUAGUAUAUAACGUAAAAGCCUUCUAAUUGUAAAGUUUCAGAACAGCCUUAUUGAUCUAUUGCAUUUCGCGUUCCUAUAUCAGACUUUUAUUUAUUUUAAUACGACCAAUUAUAAAAAUGAAAAGACAUUAUUAUUAUUAACAUGUUUCAGUUUUCUUAAUUAACAUUUCCAUUUAUUAGCAUGUAUCGAAUUUAAAUGAAAGUAAUUUUGUGCAUUCUAAUAGCAAGUUUAUAAUUAUGACUAUGCUUUAGUCACUCAACUGUCGGCGAAUAUGUCAAAAAUGCUAGAAAUUAUUUAUACUGAACAGUGCUUGGAAAUCUUAUAAUCUUCAAAGGUAAUUGUUUUACUGCUUCAGGAAAUUCAAUAUCAGGCAUCCCCCUUUCAAGAUAAGCAUGAAGAAAAUCGAAGAGGGCCACUCCAUCAAGUUCCCUUGUCAGUACGUGUACUUACAGAGUCCGUAUAAGAUUAAGAGAUUCCGUUUUAUAUGUGACAGCCCCCAGCGCCUAGUAUUUUUGUUUGUAGCUUGUAUCAAUGUACAGAAAAUCAAAACUAAUUUAUUUUUUAUAAAUUCCGCUCUACCAUUCUACACUCACAUCAUAGAGUUACUGUCUAAAACGUAUGGCACUUUAUCAACAAUGAAACGUCCUCUUCUGAAGUUUAGAGCCAGCAGCUAUAGCUAAUCGGAAGAAACAACCUGCUAACUGCAAAGCAUACAUAAUUGUAUACUGGACGUAGCAAUAAAUUUAAUUUGUUUAUAAUCUGAAA